AUGGGCGGAAAUACCUUCUUCGAUUUCUCUGGGCCUCUCGGGUAUGGGGCAUGGGAUGAGGCUAUGCUUCUCAGCCCCAAUUCAUGGCCUACAGAUCCUACAAUAGCUGCAGCUACUUCACACUUGGAGACUGUCCCACAACCUAUCUACCACCUACCACUCGGCCACCAAUCGUCAGGUCCGCUUGUGGCCCCCGCCCCAUCAACACCUCAGAUAGGCUUCCAUGCAUCGACAGGGCAGGGAGAUGUGCAGCAACCUGACCCAGCAUCGACUUCGCCCUUCUCUCAUGAGGAUACAUUGAGUGGAGCCACUGAUGACGACUUGCUUGUGCAAAAAUUCUUACAAAUGCUCAUGCCACCUAUCCUGACGCCAGUAGAGAUUGGUCCAAAGUGGGCAUCUACACGGGCCUUCUUCGAGGCAAUGGCAUCAGAAGCUCCUGUUGUUCGAAGUGCAAUUGUGGCUUUCGCAGCUAUGCAGAUGCAACGGAGCGGACUUGGUGGCGAAGCUACGAAACCUGAUUGGAGACCGCUGUACGAUGCUGCUGCCAGACACUUGUCGAAUGCUCUUGCAAAAAGGCGGAAAGAAGGAGGUAGCGAGACGCCAAAGAGUGAGCUGAAGCACAUCCUGGCAUCACUCUUCCUGUUGACAUAUACUGACCUACUUGCAGAAACUCUUCCCAGAGCGCAUGCAAACUUACGUGAAGCUUAUACGCUUAUACAAAGCACAAACAAUACGAACUUCACUGUUCCAGAAAAGCGGCUGAUCUCCUGGCUGCGUCUGCUAGAUGCACGAGCAGUGUCCACUAAUGGUGGCGAAGGACUCUUCCUUGCCGAUACAGACGAAUCUCUAUUCGAUGCCUCACCAGCUCCAAAUACAACUGCAGACCCCGAAACACAGGAUACCGAGAUCGAAGAAAUACUGUUCGAUGUGCUGUAUCACCCCGGGGUCGUGUUUUAUCAGAAAGUACAGUCCUUUGUCGGGCGCAUCACACGCAUUGAUCCAUGGCAUCGCAGCCGCGGCACGGUUCAGGAUGAAACUGAAGUCAUGGCACUGGCAGCACAAAUUUGCAGAGAUCUCCACGCUCUCUACGGACAACGACCAGCUCUUAUGGACCAUGCAGUCGCAGGCAACCUGACCGAGAAACACCUUGCACAAAAUCUAGCUGUUCCACUCACGAGGAGUUUUCGCACAUAUCUCGCAAAUUAUUAUGCUUCGUUCAUACACUUACACCGUGUGGCGUAUGUACAAUAUCCAAAGACGAAAGACGUCACUGUGGCCAUCGCCAACAUCAAGCGCCUCUCACAUCUCAUGGCGCAAACCGACGAGUCACUACCAGUAAAUUUGCUAUGGCCGCUUAUGAUCUGGGCAGCAGAAGAAGAGAAUGUGGACGAACGCCGAUGGAUUCUUGAGUCCAUCAGAGGUCUCGAGAGCAUUGCAUCUAAUGCAAAAGCCACUGGGGACCUCCUUGAGGAAGUGAUUCGACGGCAAGACGAAGAAAAACGAAGGGUUGACAUACGGAGUGUCAGCCAAGAAUACUUUGCGAGCCAUCAUUUUGCGAUUGUUUGA